GCCGGCAACACCGGCUUCGGCAACACGGCCGGUCGCUCCACCCGCUCCUACGGCCCGCACGACCUCGACAUGAUGGCCCUCCAAGAAGAAGCCGAGCGCCGGGAGCGCAUCCUGGCCGACCGGCGCCGCGUGGCCGCCAAGUGGCGCCCCAAGAUCCCCGAGGUCCGCAAGGUCAACUUUGAAAACUUCAAGAACCGCUUCCAAGCCGAGGACGAGCCCGACUACGCCGUCGAGGUGCUCGUCGCGGGGCCCGGCCUGCAGGGCCAGAUCCGGCGCGAGCGCGCCCUGCGCCGCAGCGAGGAGACGGCCCGCGUCCGCAAGAGCUGGUUCAGCCUGUACGACAACCACGGCGACCAGCGCCGCAAGAAGGCCGUCGUCGACCCCCUGGCCCAGGUCAAGCGCGAGAAGCGCAACGAGCUGCUGCCCUCGGACACGGAGAUCCAGCGCAUCCGCGUCCAGUCCCAGCCCGUCCUCGGACACCUGACGUCCUUCCUCAACGACACCGAGUCGCGGUCGACGCCGCGCACCUUCAUGCGGCCCUUCAAGGCCCUGGUGUACUUCCAGCCCAAGAUGCGCGAGGUGCUCGCCACGCUGGAGGAGAACAAAGAGGCGGUGUUUCACGCCGACGACACUGAAGAUGAAGAAGAAGAUGACAAGUCCGACACCGAGUCCCUUGCCUCGGUCGACUCCAACGCCGACGAAAACUUCGACGGCCUCAUGGACAGCCCCGAGGCGCUCCGCGACAUGCGCUGCUACGUCAAGUUCAUCGACGAGGAGAUCAUGCCGCUGUACGCGCGCUUCGACGACAGCUCGGCCGAAAAGGUAAAGUUCGACGACCUGUGGUCCCUCUUCCGCGUCGGCGACCUCAUCCACAUGCCGGCCGCCGUCGAGGCCGGCGGCCGCUACCACGAGGUCUGGCGCAUCUACCGCGUGCAGGCGCCGCAGCCCGAGACGUCGUACCCCAAGAACGGCUGGGGCUUCUUUGACGAGUUCGACGACGUCGACGACUCCAACAAGUUCAAGAUCUCGGCCUACUACGUCGACCACGACGGCUCGACCUUUGGCGCCGUCAAGAACAAGUUCGAGAUCGAGGCCUUUGCCGGCGAGCGCUCCAUCGACUCGCUGCCCUGCUACCCGCUGCGCUACCAGCCCGGCCACGAGGAGCUCAUCGACGGCCUCAAGGCCCAGGGCCGCCGCUUCCUGCACUACCUCGAGGACCGCCACCAGCAGCACAACGCCUGGACGCUGACGCGGAACCCGCCCUCGCACCGCAACGAGCCCGACCAGGAGAUCCUCGAGAACGAGUACUACGAGAAGAUGCGCCACCCGGAGUUCGUCGAGAGCGACGUCAUCGUCGACCUCACCGAGGCCUACCAGAAGAUGCCCAACUGGCGGCCCGACUUCCACCAGCUGGCCGUCAGCAAGUCCAUCCGCUGCGAGAUCGCCGAGGACGAGAUGCCCAUCCAGAAGUGGCUCGACGGCGCCCGCCAGAACCGGUCGUACGUGCAAAAGGAAAUCAUCCAAAAGGCCGACGGCGUCGAGAGCCGCCAGCGCCGCGACAACCUCGCCGUCGACACCUUUUUGCGCAACCGCCUGCGCGGCACCCGCAACUUCGAGGCCAACGCCCAGGCCCUCAAGCUGCGCGACGAGGACCUCGUGCUGCUGCCCAAGCGCAUGUUCGCCUACGCCCUGCGCGAGCGCCGCUUCAUGCCCAUCGACCUCAACCUCCUCAAGCCCGUCCGGCGCGAGGUCGGCGUCUUUGAGAACCUCCGCAUCCACGGCGACUACAAGGACGUCGUCCGCAGCCUCGUCAUGUCCCACUUCCGCAAGAAGGAGCUCGAGCGCCGCUACGUCGACGCCGCCACCGAGGGCCCCGGCCAGGACCUCAUCCAGGGCAAGGGCCGCGGCCUCGUCGUCCUGCUCCACGGCGUCCCCGGCGUCGGCAAGACGGCCACCGCCGAGGCCGUCGCCAUGGAGAACAAGAAGCCGCUCUUCGUCAUCACCUGCGGCGACCUCGGCCUCUCGCCCUACGAGGUCGAGUCCCGCCUCAAGAACGUCUUCCGCCUGGCCCACCUCUGGGACUGCGUCCUGCUGCUCGACGAGGCCGACGUCUUCCUCUCCCAGCGCUCCAAGCAGGACAUGACGCGCAACGCCCUCGUCUCUGUCUUCCUCCGCGUCCUCGAGUACUACAACGGCCUCCUCUUCCUCACCACCAACCGCGUCGGCACCAUCGACGAGGCCUUCAAGUCCCGCAUCCACCUCUCCCUCUACUACCCGCCCCUCGACAAGACCCAGACCACCGAAAUCUUCCGCCUCAACAUUGCCAAGCUCAAGAUCAUGGAGUCGGAGCGCCACAAGAUGACCGGCGAGCCCGCCCUCGCCAUCAAGGACGACGAGAUCCUCGAGUUUGCCACAAAGCACUACGAGGACCUCGCCCGCUCCACCGGCUGCUGGAACGGCCGCCAGAUCCGAAACGCCUUCCAGAUCGCCUCGAGCCUGGCCCUGCACAACUACACCAAGGAUGCCGACGCCGCCCGCGCAAAGGGCCAGCUGCCGCCUGCUGCGCCUGUGCUGGACAGGAGGCUGUUUGACAAGGUGCAGAUGUCGACGCAGAGCUUUGACAAGCACAUGAAGAAGGAGGAGGGCAAGUAUGACGACGGGUUGCCUCUGCGAGGCACCUUUCAGGAGUAAGAUGUGUGAGGUGGUAGUGAAGGAUACAUAUCUUUCUUUCUUUCUUUCAGUUUUGUCGGAAUCUUGAUUGUUCUCGAGUCUUUGGACAUGAAGCCAGAUAGGCGCGAAUUUAUGAAUAUUCAUGACUGC